CGUCGUGGAGUGUUGUUUGUUAUUUACUCGUGAUGAUGGAGCUGAGUAAGACGCUGCGUUGGUGCUGGUUGAUGCUGGUGUUGGUGCUGCUCCGGGUCGACGCCCUGCCCCGUCCGGCCGCCUACAAGGACACCUCAGUCAAGGGAUACUUAGCAGAGCGUUCGUGCUGGGGCAACGAGAUCUGCAAGGAGGAGUUCCAGACGCAGUUUCGGUGUCGGUGUCCGCAGUGGUCGUUCUGCCGCAGCCCGGGAAAAUACUACAACGCCUACUGCUCCAUGACCGGCACCGGCUACAUUUGGGUGCAAGCCUACAACUGAAAAACAUCGCACAUUUUCGCCAUGCAAAAAUAUCUCAGCAAUAGACACGUCGUCGUCGUUCUCCAAAAAAAAGGCCAUGAUUUUUUAGAGACUUUCCCAAUGGACAGAAAUAUUUAUUUGUGUUUAAUUGUUCGUAAAUGUUGUGUAAUAUUUAUCUUUGUACUGUCCGCAGAAAAAUAAAAGCCAGGAGCUGGCUCCGAUCUCAUUUGUAAUAUUUAUUUAUUAAUUGUUAAAGGUUGACGUGAAAACACGUGUAUUGUAUGAAGUCAUAUUGAUUUUUGUGCCAAAUGAUUAAAUAAAAAACCUAUAAAAUGUGA